GAGCGGACUGUUACCGAGCUCCUCACGGCGGAGGGAGGGACGCGCAGUCCGGAUGCUCCUUCAGGACGAGUAAAGCAAUACAUCAGCGGCUCCAAUGCGGUGCCAAUUGUUUCUAAUUCGGUUUCUGCGUCCGUUUCCCGCAGGAUGCCGUCUGGAAAAAAUGCGCAUAUGAAUUAAACGUGGGUGGGAUUGCUUCUGCGUUGGACACUGGAUCUAUGAUAACGAUUCUGCCGCAAAACGCCGAGCCGCAUUUGGAAAUAUAAAGAAUUUAUCUGUAUGCUGGGCUUUUCAGAGGGAGAUUUCGCGCCGGUUUGAAUGGACGCUUUGUCCUUUACGUCUUUUUUUCUUCUUGGCCAUGUUCUUUAUCUAAAAGGAUUGUAUCAGCAUUUGCUAUCUAAUGUGGUCUUAUUGUCGUGUUUAUACACUUAAUACGACGAUUUCGUACUGUGCUUUUUUUACCUCAGUAGUGUCAUGUUUCCUCUGAGGCGAUCCGACGUGAGGUGAAAAGUCUGACUGGACCUCCUUUCAGAAGUGAACCAUCAACAUUUGUGGAUUCUUCGAGAAUUUCUCAUCCCAACAGUGUUUCGGAAGGGCUUCGUGUCGUUUUCUUGGAUUAAAUCGACUUUAAUUGUGUGCUGUACGGAAAGUCUGUUUGGGAUUUCAAACAUCGCUUGAAUCGAUCGAGCCGUUUGGAAUGAAAAGCCGUUAAAAACCGCCGUUGAGAUUUCGCGCCACAUCUGCAUUUUGAUGAGAUUUCAUCCUUCAUAGCGCAUUUUUGGCUUUUAAUACAUGUUAUAGAAACAUAUAAUAUUAAAGUGAGCAUAUUUCCAAAGGACUCAAACCCAGAGGAGGUGAUUUAGACCUCAUCUGAAGAUCUCGGACAUUUCUGUGCUGCUCUGAACUUGGGAGGCGUUUGGAUGCUCCAGGACGGAGACUUGAACCCUGUUGUUGUGGUCAACUCCGCUCUGCCUCCCAAGUCUACCGACAUAUGUGGCGAGCCGCUGGGCAAACUGGUAACGGCGGAACAGCCAUCCACAAGGAGAGAUGCUGAUGCUGCUGUUUCGCUGGAUGAUUGUUUGAAGGUCGCAGAUUCGACACCCAAAGGUCAGGAUUGGCAGCACCUCCAGCAUGCGGACAACAUUUUAGUCAAGCAGGUGGCAUCACUCCAGUUACCCAGAAGCCCUUGAAACGACGAGCGAUGCCCUUUUGAAAUGACUGACACCGGAACAAACUUCAUAUCUGGUGCUGGUAGCUGAUUGGUCAUGGAGAGGCUGGUGUUUUGUGUGCUGGUGUUUGGUGCGCUGGCGAAGGCUCAGCUCUGUCCCGGCCGCUGCAUCUGUCAGACCAUCUCCCCCACACUCACCCUCCUGUGCGCCAAAACCGGCCUGCUGUUCGUGCCGCCCACCGUCGACCGCAAAACCGUGGAGCUGCGGCUCACGGACAACUUCAUCACGGCCGUGCGCAGGAAAGACUUUCUGAACAUGACCAGUUUAGUGCAUCUGACGCUCUCCAGAAACACCAUCAGCCAGAUCGCGCCGCACGCUUUCAUGGGCCUCAAAUCCCUGCGCGCUUUACACAUGGACGGGAACCGCCUCAGCGUCAUCAACAGCGACCAACUCAAAGGCCUGAUGAACCUCAGACACCUGAUAUUAGGAAAUAACCAGAUCCACCACAUUGAAGAGUCCUCCUUUGAUGAGUUCGUCUCCACCAUCGAGGAUCUGGAUUUAUCCUACAACAACCUGCGGACUUUACCGUGGGAAGCCAUCGCUCGAAUGACCAACAUAAACACGCUGACCUUGGACCACAACCUGAUCGAUCACAUCGGUGUGGGCACAUUCACGCUGCUCACCAAACUGGUGCGUUUGGACAUGACCUCCAACCGACUGCAGACUCUCCCUCCGGACACGCUUUUCCAGCAUGCGCAGGUUCUGUCCGAGCCCAAGACCUCCAGCUCAUCUAGACUGACGGUCAGCUUCGGGGGAAACCCUCUGCACUGUAACUGCGAGCUGCUGUGGCUGAGACGGCUGACCCGAGAGGAUGAUCUGGAGACAUGUGCUUCUCCUGAUCACCUGAUGGACAAAUACUUCUGGUCCAUUCAGGAGGAGGAGUUCAUCUGUGAGCCGCCGCUUAUCACCAAACACCAGGUCACCAAGCCGUAUGUGAUGGAGGGUCAGGGCGUCACGCUGAAGUGCAAAGCCAUGGGUGACCCUGAUCCCGCAAUCCACUGGCGCUUCCCGGACGGCAAACUGGUGCACAACAACACCCGCACCAUUUUAUACGACAACGGCACGCUGGACAUCCUGAUCACCACACUGAAGGACAGUGGCGCUUUUAACUGCGUGGCGUCCAACGCUGCAGGAAUCGCCACCGCCGCAGUACACGUACACAUGAUCCCGCUACCCCUGCUGGUCAAUAACACAGGACACAUGCGGGAGGCUGACCCGGGACUCUCCGACAUCAGCACCUCCUCCAGAUCCAGCAGCAACGACAGCAAAACACACAGCAAGAGGGUCCUGGUGGAGAAUCUGACUGCUCACUCUGCCGUCAUACACUGGCCCUCUGAGAGACACAUCCCUGGCAUCCGCAUGUACCAGAUCCAGUACAACAGCACUGUUGAUGAUACACUCGUCUACAGGAUGAUUCCGUCAGCCAGUAAGACGUUCAGGAUCAAUGAUCUGGCUGCGGGCCGUGAGUACGAGCUGUGUGUGUUAGCGGUGUACGACGACGGCAUCACGUCCCUGACGGCGACGCGUGUGGUGGGCUGCGUUCACUUCCACACUCUGCCAGAGACUAACCAGUGCCGCUUCGUACCCAGCCAGUUUCUGGGAGGAACCAUGAUCAUCAUCAUCGGUGGCAUCAUUGUGGCCUCCGUGCUGGUCUUCAUCAUCAUCCUCAUGAUCCGCUAUAAAGCCUACAGCGGCGGCGGAGGAGGAGGAGACACAGCUAAAGCUAAAGCUAAAGCUGGAGGAGAUGCCAGUGUUCAUGUGCACUCGCAGACAAACGGCAGCAGAUCUACAGCUACCAAACAGAGCGAAGAGCCACCCGAGUCGCCCGCCGGGAAACACUGCAAGGCCCUGGUGCUCCUCAAGAUGAUGGAGGAUCCGCAGGAGGAGCUGAAGGUGGAGCUGCCGGCGCUGUGCUCCGCUAAACCUCCGUCCUCCAGGAGAGCCAGUCUGGCUGGACCUCCAUCCGACGACACGCAGACGGACAGCAGCCUGACCGGCUCCACCAUGUCCCUGUGUCUGAUCGGUUCUGUCCCGAACGAGGGCCCUCGGAAGGGUCCGCUUGCCAACAUGUCACUUCUGCCCAGUGAGCUGGCACGGACUCGGCACCGCUUCUCCUUCGACGGAGACUAUGCUUUAUUCCAGAGCCACAGUUACCCACGGCGGGCUCGAACCCGCAGACACAAGUCCAGCUCCCAGAUCAACACGGACACAUCGCCGCCCUGCAGCCGCAGAGUGACCUUCAGCAGCACCGAGUGGAUGCUGGAGAGCACAGUGUGAUGUCUGAGCAUGCGCAGAUAGAUACACACACACACACAGUCGGUGGACAUGAAAACUCAGUGAUGAUGCUGUUGCAGUAAAGCACACACACACUUACAAACAAUAAUACUCUCGCUCUGAUUCUAAUACUAGUGAGUUGCCUACUGAAGGGGCAAAA